AUGCCGAGGUCGGGCGGAGGCUGUUGCUCGGCCGGAGGGCCGGGGCGAUCAAGGCGCAGUGCUGCAGCCUGAGGGGCGGCGGCGGGCAAGGGGGCGCGGCCGGCCCGGGCGGGUCUGGCUGCGGCCGGUUGGCGUGGGUCCCGGGUUUGGGUCCAAGAGCGCUCGGGGCCGCGCUUCUGAAGUUGAUUGGCACGCCUGACGUUUGUCUCUCUUGUUCUUAACGGGGACGCGGGGAGGAAAUGGAAAGGUCCCGGGCCGGCUACGAGGCAGGGGUUGGGGGAUCCCCCGGAGGUGGUCCUUGCCGCGGUGUACGAAUGUACGAGCCCCUUUCUUCUUGGGUGGAGAGGUAGAGGCCAGGUAGGCAGGGUGACUUUCAGCCAGUGGAUAGUUAAAACAAACAGACUAGGAAUUCCUCGGGCCCUCCCCCCCACGCCCUGCCCUGCAACGCAGCAAACAUUCCCAGAAACUUUUAAGAAGCAGGCGAGAAAUCUCGGACAUUUAUUGUGUUUGAUCUGUGUUCCGGGUUAAGGGAAAACAUGAGUUAGGGAGUCGUGUUCCUUCCCAUCUAUCGCAGUUUUGGUUGUGAAUCUGCCUGGAAGAUUUUAGUAUUUUAUGUUGAUCGUUAGUCGUGGUAUGCCAAACAGGAGUUUCUGGAAUAUCUAAUCACAUUAAAAAUUUAUCCCUUUGAAUGGGGUAAGCAAGGCAGACAGAUAUCUGGAUUUUUUUUUUUUUUUCAAAUACGGCUUGAAAAAACUUUGGGUAUUUUUGUAUUUUACAGACCUAUUUAUGAGACCAGCUACCACUGAUGAAGAAUGUUGGAGUAGUUGCUGAAAUUGACCCUUAUUGACCUGAGACAAUUAUUUGUUCUACGUUUUCUGUUUUUUGUUUUUGUUUUUGUUUUUUUUUGUUUUUGUUUGUUUAUCCCACUGCUUUGAGCUUUACUGUAACGGCUGAAAAACUUGGAAAAUAAAAUAACAUGAUGUGGUCUUGAACCUUUUUUUUUGAGGAUAUAUUAAAGUGCCAGAGUGAAAGGCCGGAAUGGCAGCCAGAGAGAGGCUCUUUGAACUUUGGAUGCUUUAUUGUACAAAGAAAGAUCCAGAUUACCUGAGACUGUGGUUGGACAAUUUUGUUUUAAGUUAUGAACAGUUUUUAGAUGUUGACUUUGAAAAGCUGCCUACAAGGGUAGAUGAUAUGCCUCCAGGAAUAUCUCUGCUUCCUGAUAAUAUUCUGCAGGUUCUGAGGAUCCAGCUGCUACAUUGUGUUCAGAAAACAGCAGAUGGAUUAGAGGAACAGCAACAAGCAUUGUCGAUUCUGCUUGUCAAAUUCUUCAUUAUUCUUUGCAGGAAUUUAUCAAAUGUAGAAGAAAUUGGGACUUGCUCUUAUAUUAAUCAUGUCAUUACCAUGACAACACUGUAUAUUCAGCAAUUAAAAAGCAAAAAAAAGGAGAAGGAAAUGGCUGAUCAGACGUCUAUUGAAGAAUUUGUGAUUCAUGCAUUGGCCUUCUGUGAAAGCUUGUAUGAUCCGUAUAGAAAUUGGAGACAUAGAAUUUCAGGACGAAUCCUUAGUUCUGUGGAAAAGAGCAGACAGAAAUACAAACCGGCUUCUCUGACAGUGGAGUUCGUUCCUUUCUUUUAUCAAUGUUUUCAGGAAAGUGAACAUCUCAAGGAAAGUCUUAAGUGUUGCUUAUUGCAUCUCUUUGGAGCCAUUGUAGCCGGUGGGCAGAAGAAUGCUUUGCAAGCUAUUUCUCCAGCGACCAUGGAAGUUCUUAUGCGAGUUUUGUCUGAUUGUGAUUCAUGGGAAGAAGGAGAUCCUGAGGAAGUGGGUAGAAAGAGAGAGCUGACUCUGAAAUGCCUCACACAAGUGGUGCAUAUCCUUCUUACUAGCAGCUCUGACCAGCGUCAGGUGGAAACCAGUACCAUUUUGGAGAACUAUUUUAAGUUGCUCAAUUCUGAUCACUCAGCUUUACCUAAGCAGGGGAGGUCCAGGCGUUGGGAAAGCCAGUUCAUAGCUCUGCAGAUUAAGAUGCUCAACACCAUCACAGCCAUGUUAGAUUGCGCAGACAGGCCUGUCCUUCAGGCCGUUUUUCUCAACAGCAAUUGUUUUGAACAUCUCAUACGACUUCUACAGAACUGCAAGCUGUUUUUAAAUGUACACAGUAAGGUGACAGACAAGAAUGAGAAAGACCUUGCCAACCAGUUACUGACAGAGAUGAGUGAGGACCAGGUAUUCCAGGGCCAGUUGGAUUGCUUGGCUGUAUCAACCAUUCAGGCUUUGACAGCAGUGAUGAAGAAUUCUCCAGCUGCUAAGGAAGUAUUUAAAGAAAGAAUUGGCUAUAUGCACAUGUUCGAGGUAUUAAAAUCUUUGGGCCAGCCACCACAAGAACUGCUUAAAGAACUUAUGAACAUGGCUGUAGAGGGUGAUCAUACUUCAGUUGGCAUUUUGGGCAUUAGUAAUGUCCAUCCUCUCUUGGUUCUUAUCCAGUGGCUUCCUGAGCUAGAAUCCCAUGACCUACAAAUCUUCAUCUCUGAUUGGCUGAAAAAAAUUUGUUGCAUUAAUAAACAAAGCAGGACUACUUGUGUGAAUGCAAACAUGGGAAUAAAAAUCAUUGAAACCCUUGAAUCCCAUUCUUCCCUGCAUCGAACUUGUGCUGAGAACUUGAUUGCAAUCCACGGUUCUUUGGGGAGUCAGUCUGUGAGCUCUGAAGAACUCCGUCGGCUUCUGCGAUUGCUCAGAGUAGACGAAUCAGAGUGUAUUCACCCAUAUACCAUUCCUGUGACUCGUGCAAUCCUGAUAAUGGCACGGAAACUCAGUUUUGAGAGUGCGCUGCAGUAUUUUAAUUUGUCACAUAGUAUGGCAGGAAUUUCUGUACCUCCCAUUCAGAAAUGGCCUGGGUCUGCAUUUUCUUUCACUGCUUGGUUUUGCUUAGAUCAGGAUCCGUUAUCCCUUGGGAAUGCUAACAAAGGAGGAAAAAGAAAACAAUUAUAUAGCUUUUUUACAGGAAGUGGAAUGGGUUUUGAAGCCUUUAUUACCCACUCAGGUAUGUUGGUUGUGGCAGUGUGCACCAAAAGAGAGUACGCAACAGUCAUGCUUCCUGACCACAGUUUCUGUGAUUCUCUCUGGCACAACAUAACCAUCGUUCACGUGCCUGGAAAAAGACCCUUUGGCCAGAGUCUUGUCUAUAUCUAUGACAAUGGACAACAAAAGGUUUCUGCCCCUCUCAGAUUUCCUGCCAUGAAUGAGCCAUUUACUUCCUGUUGUAUUGGUUCAGCUGGGCAAAGAACCACUACUCCUCCACCAUCUCAAAUCCCAGAUCCACCAUUUUCUACUCCUAUUACCCCUCACCGGACAUCAUUUGGUGGAAUAUUGUCAUCAGCCUCCUGGGGAGGAACAGUUGAAAAAUCGAAAUUGUUUACCAAAUUAAUUUCAGCUGGAACCCAAGAUAGUGAAUGGGGUUGUCCCACGUCCCUGGAGGGCCAGCUGGGAUCUGUGGUUAUAUUCCACGAAGCUCUGCAGCCUCCUCAGGUCAAGGCUUUGUACUUAGCAGGUCCAAAUUGCUUAAGCCCGUGGAAGUGUCAGGACUGUGAUAUGGCCGAUUUGCCAAGUAACAUCCUCCUUCACUACACAGGAAAGGCUUGCAAAAAUUCAAUUUGCCUUGACUUGUCUACUAACUGUUUGCAUGGAAGAUUAACAGGAAACAAAGUAGUGAAUUGGGACAUUAAGGACAUCAUCAAUUGCAUAGGUGGAUUAAAUGUACUGUUUCCUUUAUUGGAACAAAUAAGCCAUGUUAGUGAAGGACAGGCUUGUGAAGCAAUGAGUGAAAACACGGUUCCUGAAUUAAUAAUACCUAUUGAACAAGAAGGGAUGGGAGUGGCCUCUACAAAGGCAUCAGAGUCAAGGCUGGAGAAAAACCUAAUUGCAACAUUCAUUUUGAUUGUGAAACACUUCAUCCAGAGACAUCCCAUCAACCAGGACAAUCUUAUUCAGUCCCAUGGGGUUGCAACUCUUGGUGCUUUACUUCAGAAGGUGCCAGGUACUCUAAUGGAUGUUAAUGUAUUGAUGGCAAUUCAAUUACUAAUUGAACAGGUAUCAUUAGAAAAAAACACACUGUUGCUUCAGCAAAUGUAUCAGUGCUUACUCUUUGACUUCCGUAUUUGGAACCGUGGAGAUUUUCCUUUUCGGAUUGGUCAUAUACAGUAUCUUUCUACGAUCAUUAAAGACAGCAGGCGAGUUUUCAGGAAGAAAUAUGGUGUGCAGUUUCUCCUGGAUACACUUAGGAUUUAUUAUGGGCAUAGUUCUAUAUGUAAUGAGCUAUCUCCAGAUGAUAUUCGAACAAUAAGGACUUCAUUGUAUGGGCUAAUUAAGUAUUUUCUUUGUAAAGGUGGAAGUCAUGAAGAAAUUCAAAGUAUCAUAGGUUAUAUAGCCGCUACUAAUGAAGAAGAACAGCUCUUUGGAAUUUUGGAUAUACUCUUCAGUCUUCUACGAACCAGCCCAACUAGAGGUCAGCUUUUCUUACUGAUGUUUGAACCAGGAAAUGCUGACAUACUUUAUGCCUUGCUGUUAAAUCAGAAGUACUCUGACAAACUAAGAGAAAUCAUUUUUAAGGUCAUGGAACAGAUGUUAAAAUGCACAAAUGUUUAUGAACGUAGUAAACAACGUAUCCGUCUUAGAGAAGUUGGCUAUUCAGGAAUUGGACUCCUCCUUAAUGAAGUACCAGUUAACACAUCUCUUAUUAAAAACUUUGUUAACCAAAUCAUUAAUACAGAUCCUGUUAUUAAUUUCAAAGAUCUGUUAUCUAUAGUAUAUAUCUGUCACAAAGCACAUGUGAAUGUCAGAGUGACCCUCUGUAGAAAGAUAUUACAGAUUUUGCAGUCCCAACCAGAUGCGGCAUACCAGAUAUCACAGCAAGUAGGUUGGCAAGACACCUUUGUUAGACUUUUCUUAAAAGCAAAUUUUGAAAAUGUAAAUUCUCUUAACAAACAUGGGAAGACAAUUUCAGUGAAAGAAAAUAAAAAUAUGUCAACUGAAGAUGUUAAGAGGACCUUUGAAAAACUUGAUGAUGAAAAAAUGACAUUAGCUGACAUAUCUUCAGACCAUUGGAGCUUGGAAGAUAGUCAGUCCUUGAAUUCAAACACACCGUUAUUUCAAGAAGAUAGCUCUGAAGGAGAAUUAUCUUUCAGGUCAGAGAAUCAAGAAGAAUUCUGGCAUAGUAACACUUCGCAUCUGAGCUUGGAUCUCAGUGGAAUUGAUGCAAGUGAACUGAGCGAUAGUGGAAGUCAAAUGCCAGACAGCUCACCUAGCACCCCAUCUCCAGUUGAGUCUACUAAGUCAUUUUCUGUGCAGUCUGACAAAGACAGAACCAUCACAAAUGAAAUGGGCUUUAGUGAUGACUUCUCUUUUCUUGAAAGCCAAGAGAGAUGUGAAGAAGAACUUUUUCAGCUGCUUACAAAUAUUUUGAAUUAUGUCCUGUGUAAAGGACUAGAAAAGUCUGAUGAAGACACUUGGAUUGAAAGAGGACAGGUCUUUUCAGCGCUAACUAAACCAGGAAUAUCAAGUGAGCUGAUUCGACCCUCAGAUGAAGUAAAACUAACUUUGCUACAGAAGAUGUUAGAAUGGGCAGUCACAGAAAACAGAGAUGCAAAGAGUAGUCCUGUAACUGCUGAAAAUGCCUUCCGCCUCAUGUUGAUCAUACAGGACUUUCUGCAGUCAGAAGGAUUGGUUAAUUCAAACAUGUGGACUGAGAAGCUUUUAGAAGAUACCACACAGCUCCUUGACUGUCUGUCAGUAUGGUAUUCUGAGAAUCCGGUAUGGGUAAAACUCUCUCAGAUUCAGAUCCAGUUGCUUCUAGAGUUCAUUGGAAGAGGCAGUUUGCAGGUUUGUGCAAUGGCAUCAGCUAAGCUCAAUGCUCUUCUUCAGACCAAAGUGAUUGAAAAUCAAGAUGAGGCAUGCUAUAUUUUAGGGAAACUAGAACAUAUUCUAAGUCGGUCAAUCAAGGAGCAGACAGAAAUCUACUCAUUUCUGAUUCCUCUUCUCCGGACUCUGGUUUCUAAAAUUUAUGAACUUCUUUUCAUGAACCUGCACCUGCCUUCCUUGCCUUUUACUAAUGGCAGCACUUCAGUUUUUGAAGAUUUUCAAGAAUACUGCAAUUCAAAUGAAUGGCAAGUUUACAUUGAAAAAUAUAUUGUACCUUACAUGAAGCAGUAUGAAGCACAUACAUUUUAUGAUGGUCAUGAGAACAUGGCACUUUACUGGAAGAAUUGUUAUGAAGCCUUAAUGGUGAAUAUGCAUAAAAGAGACCGAGAAGGAGGAGAAAGCAAGCUGAAAUUUCAGGAGUAUUUUGUGGAGCCAUUUAGUCGAAAAGCUCGGCAAGAGAACCUGAGGUACAAUAAUAUGAUAAAACAACUUACCAGUCAGCAGCUGGCGGCUUCUAGACACUGGAAGGCAAUACGGCUCUAUCUUACAUGCGAAAGGGGGCCUUGGGCUGAAAAGAAACAGAAUCGAAUUCAUUGGAAACUAGCUAAUGUGGAAAAUUAUUCACGCAUGAGACUUAAACUGGUACCAAAUUAUAAUUUCAAAACCCAUGAGGAAGCUAGUGCCUUAAGAGAUAACUUAGGUGUUCAGCACCUACAGCCUUCCAGUGAUUCAUUGCUUCUGGAGGUAGUGAAACAAGUUAGACUCAGUGAUGUGGAAGAAGACAGACUAGAGCUUCUAGAGGAGGACACAGCGGCCAGAGCUCUUAUUGAUGAAAAGGAAGAACAGGAUCAAAAGGAAAAAUUGGUGUUGACUGAAGACUGUGAACUCAUUACUGUAAUUGACAUAAUUCCCGGCAGAUUAGAAGUCACUACUCAACACAUUUACUUCCAUGAUAACAGUAUUGAAAAAGAAGAUGGACAGGGUUUUGAUUUCAAGUGGCCUCAUUCUCAAAUUCGAGAGAUUCACUUGCGUCGUUACAACUUAAGGAGAUCGGCACUUGAGAUUUUUCAUGUUGAUCAGUCCAACUACUUUCUCAACUUCAAAAAAGAGGUUAGAAACAAAGUAUACAGCAGACUGUUGUCACUUCAUUCUCCUAAUAGUUAUGGAACAAGAUCACCACAGGAAUUAUUCAAAGCAUCAGGGUUGACACAGAAAUGGGUGAACAGAGAGAUAACAAACUUUGACUACCUCAUUCAAAUAAAUACAAUGGCGGGACGGACCUAUAAUGACCUUGCACAGUACCCUGUGUUUCCCUGGAUUUUGCAAGAUUAUACUUCAGAAGAGUUGGACCUAAAUAACCCCACUGUAUUUCGAGAUCUUUCUAAACCAAUUGGAGUAGUUAAUGAAAAAAAUGCCAAAGCUAUGCGUGAGAAGUACGAGAAUUUUGAAGACCCGAUGGGAACGAUUGAUAAGUUUCAUUAUGGUACUCACUAUUCCAAUUCUGCAGGCGUCAUGCACUAUCUCAUCCGCGUGGAGCCAUUCACCACCCUCCACAUCCAGCUUCAGAGUGGACGGUAUGCUCACAGUCAAAACCAUUUCCUCUCAUUGUAA